AUGAUUAUGUUUCCUCAUUUUGGGAAGAUUUCUCUGGGUAUUCUGAUAUUUGUCCUGAUAGAAGGAAACCUUCCGUCAUUAACAGCACAAACCUACUUAUCUUUAGAAGAGAGCCAAGAACCCAAGAGUACAGUUUCUUUUCUCCUGGCUGACUCAGAAUCCACAGACUAUUCUCUAUCUAUCGAAAAGAAACAACCUAUGGACCACAGAGAAACUGAGAGACAGUGGUUGCUCAGAAGAAAGCGAUCUACUCUGUUUCCUAAUGGUGUGAAAACCUGCCCAGAUGAAAAUGUUACAGAGGCUAUGGCAAACCAUGUGAAAUAUUUUAAAGUCCGAGUAUGCCAGGAAGCUGUCUGGGAAGCCUUCAGGACUUUUUGGGAUCGACUUCCUGGGCGUGAAGAAUAUCAUUACUGGAUGAAUUUGUGUGAGGAUGGAAUCACAACUAUAUUUGAAAUGGGCACAUAUUUUAGUCAGUCUGUGGAACAUAGAAGCUUAAUUAUGAAGAAACUGACACACACAAAGGAAACUGUAAGCAGCCCUGAAUUGUCAUCUCCAGUUCCUGUUGGUGAUACGUCAACAUUGGGAGGUGCCAGUCUCAGUGUUCCAUAUCCAGGGGUGACCUUCUAUGAAGGUAUCUCAGAGAGCAGCUUGGAGAGGCCAGAAGAGAGUAUUAGCAAUGAAAUUGAGAAUGUGAUAGAAGAAUCCACAAAACCAGCAGUGGAGCAGGUUGCAGAAUUCAGUAUCCACCUUUUGGGGGAACAAUACAAUGAAGAACUACAGGAUCCCUCCAGCUUUCACCACCAGCGCCUUGUAGAAGAGUUUAUUUCAGAGGUGGAAAAUGCAUUUACUGGGUUACUGGGCUACAAGGACAUUCAUGUACUUGACUUUAGGUCCCCUAAGGAAAAUGGCAGUGGCAUAGAUGUUCACUACGCAGUUACCUUCAAUGGUGAGGCCAUCAGCAAUACCACCUGGGACCUAAUUAGCCUUCACUCCAACAAGGUGGAGAACCAUGGUCUGGUGGAAUUGGAUGAUAAGCCCACUGCUGUUUAUACAAUUAGUAACUUCAGAGAUUAUAUUGCUGAGACACUGCACCAGAAGUUUUUGCUGGGGACCUCCUCUUUGAAUCUGGAUCCUGACUCCCUUCAGCUUAUUGAUGUGAGAGGAGUUUUACUUCCCCAAAGUGAAGACCAUGUUUGGAACACCCAAAGUUCAAGUCUUCAGGAAACCUUACCAUCUAUUCUGGAUAAUACCCCUCAAGCUGAAUGGCCCUCAGCAGAUGAAUUCACCACGAGCAGUAUUUCACCACUUGAUUUCAGCUCUGGUCCUCCUUCAACCACUGGCAGGGAACUCUGGUCAGAAGGCCCUUUGGGUGAUUUAGUGUCUGCACCCAAAUUAGCUUUUCCCUCGAAGAUGAGCCUCAGUUCUUCCCCAGAGGUUUUAGAGGUUAGCAGCUUGACUCUUCAUUCUGUCACCCCAGCAGUGCUUCAGACUGGCUUGCCUGUGGCUUCUGAAGAAAGGACUUCUGGGUCUCACUCAUUAGAAGAUGGAUUAACUAAAGUUAAAGGGUCAGAAGAUUUUCUUUCUAUUGAUCCACUGCCUUCAAGCCCAUUUAGUCAUCCUGUGCCAAAAGAAAUAAUACCAUCCAUGGAAGACUCUGGGGUGUCUUUGACAUCCUCACCAUAUCCGGUCUCUGUCACAUUCGAUAUUCUUGCUAAAGAAGUAACACCUUUUGGCAUGGACUCUUUGGCCUCCAAAGUCAAAGGCCAAUUAGAAGUGAGCACUUGGAUGCCAGACACAUCUAUGGAGAAAGAGUUCAUAUUUGAGAGUGGUUUAGGUUCAGGGUCUGGGCAAAAGGUAGGUCUGAUUACUUGGCCAUGGAGCAAGACUUCAUUAGAGAAGAGCACUGAACCAUUUUCCAAGUCAUGGCUUGAAGUUGAGGAUUCAGAGGAUUUACUUUUGCCAACUGAGGAUAUAGAUGAGAAACUAGUUAUAGAUGACAGAAUAGAUUCCAUAGAUCAAAGUACUGAGCAUUCAAAAUAUGGGCAUUUUGAUAGAUCCAGAAGCUUUGCAGAGGAUGAGACCCUUGGUGGACCUACUGUGUCCAUCUUUGCAGAGACUACAACUCAAUCUGCAUCUCCAGUUCUAUCCAAGCACACAUCAGAAGUACCUGACAUUGACUAUUACUCAAUUACCAAAUCACCUCCUCUACUGACAUCUGCAGCAAUCUCUGCUUCUACUGAUAAACCAGUUCAAGAAGAACCCUUUCUAAAGGAGGAGGAACAAACUACAGAGUCAUCCAACCGUGAAUGGUUUGACAGCAAGAUUUCAGUAGUGAAGCCGGAUGUGCAACCUUUGUGGACCAUAUUGCCAGAAUCAGAUGUAGUUUGGGCAAGAACUUCUUCCCUAGGGAAACUGUCCAGAGACACAUUGGCAAGUACACCACAGAGUACUGACAAGCUCUGGUUGAAAGCUUCCAUGACACAGUCUACCAAAUUGCCUUCAACCACAAGUUCCACCCUGCUGGAAGAUGAAGUCAUUAUGGGCGUACAGGAUAUUUCAUUAGAAUUGGACCAGAUAGGCACAGAUUACUAUCAUCCUGAGCUAAUCCCAGAGGAAAAUGGCAAGGUUGGUGGUUAUGUGGAAAUGUCUACAAGUAUUCACUCCACAGAGAUGGCUAUUGUGGCUCAGCCAACAAAAAGCGAUGACUUGAGUCAUACCCAAGCCGCAGGAGCUUUGGUGGUUUUCUUCAGCCUCAGAGUGACUAACAUGAUGUUUUCAGAAGAUCUGUUUAAUAAAAACUCUUUGGAGUAUAAAGCCCUGGAGCAAAGAUUCUUAGAACUGCUGGUUCCCUAUCUCCAGUCAAAUCUCACUGGGUUCCAGAAUUUAGAAAUCCUGAACUUCAGAAAUGGCAGUAUUGUGGUGAACAGCCGAAUGAAGUUCGCCAAGUCUGUCCCUCCUAAUGUCACCAAUGCUGUAUACGUGAUUCUGGAAGACUUUUGCACCACUGCUUACCAAACCAUGAACUUGGCUAUUGAUAAAUACUCCCUCGAUGUGGAAUCAGGUGAUCAAGCCAACCCUUGCAAGUUUCAAGCAUGCAAUGAAUUUUCCGAGUGUUUGGUCAACCCCUGGAGUGGAGAAGCAGAGUGCAGAUGCUACCCUGGGUACCUGAGUGUGGAAGAACUGCCCUGCCAGAGUCUCUGUGACCUACAGCCCGACUUCUGCUUGAAUGAUGGAAAGUGUGACAUCAUGCCUGGGCAUGGGGCCAUUUGUAGGUGCCGGGUGGGUGGGAACUGGUGGCAUCGAGGUGAGCGCUGUGAGGAGUUUGUGUCCGAGCCCUUGGUGAUAGGCAUCACCAUCGCCUCCAUGGUUGGACUCGUCCUCAUUUCUUCUGCUUUCGUCUUCUUCAUCAUCAGGACUCUUCAAGCUCAGUAUGUUAGGAGAGAAAGAGAGAGACCCUUCAGUGGCUCCAACAGGCAGCCUGACAGCCUCUCAUCUGUGGAAAGAGCUGUAAAGCAUAACCCCGUGUUUGAAAGUCACGGGGCUGAUCUCGAGCAGUACGAAGGACCCUACCCUCAGCGGCCCUUCUACAGCUCCACAGGCAGAGAGGUGAUUGCUGGUCUGAGCAGGGAAGAAAUCAGACAAAUGUAUGAGAACAGUGAGCUUUCCAGAGAGGAAAUUCAAGAAAGAAUGAGAAUUUUGGAACUGUAUGCCAAGGAUCCUGAGUUUGCAGCUUUUGUGAGAGAACAUCAAAUGGAAGAGCUUUAACCAAAACUCCUAUUUUACAACUGAUUAGAAGCCUAGAGAAGAUGGAGAUCACUCAUUACCUAUGUCAUAUAAUUAACUUGGAUUUGGAACUCUGUUGGAAGAAGAGUUUUCUAUCAAAAAAACUAAA